CUGUCAAGCGAUACACACACUCCUGUCUCCAUGCAAACCGGUGAUUUGCUUAGACACAACAUGAUCCGAGAUUCCACUGAGAGAGGAGGGGAGACACUGUGAUGACUGCAAAAUUACCUUUACCGGGCCGGACUGACGCGACUCGGUGACUUCUCCGAUGAGUUCGAUGAUUUGACAUCGGUUUUGCCAGGUGGAGGAGAGGAAAAACGGCGGACAGGUUUCCGGGUUGUAGCUAACAGUAGAGGCUUGCUAGCAGGCUAGCACAGCAGUUAGCGAGGACAGCCUCGGUCUGAGCUCUCAGCCAGCUAGCUAACAUGCUAGCAUAGGCUAACAUAGCCAUAGUUUCAGUAUCCAGGCAAUGGAGAAGCUGGUCUAAAACUGGCUUUACAUAAAAAUUUCUGUGUAAGUUAAGCACUGUCGAGCAUGACAUCUUGUGAUAAACGUCAUUGCUAAUGUUGACAGCCAAAGCUUGUUUUAAAACGAGCUGGAUUGGGUAGUUAACGUUGGGUAGACUUCUCAAAUAGUUAUGAACACUUUUAACGCUACAAGCAAAACGUCCACAGUAAGCUCUUCCUUGAGCGCCGACAGAAGAGGUUCGGUCGAUGUCAGCAGCAACAAUAACAAAGAGUGGGACUUGGGAAAUGAUGUGUUUUUGUGUUGUUAUGAGAAUACCAUGGGCGAAACGGUGCAGGCAGGGAUGCCCUCUGUCCAGUCGGGACUGGAUGGACACCUGCCCCUUCUGAACGACCGACAUCAUGCCACGCAGGGCGGUUUGAUGCUGGGCCUGAAGGAGGCUUACCCUGCCGGUUGCCACAACCGGGAUUCAGCUGCAGCCUACCUCGAUAGUGGUUCACUGGACUACAACGAUAACGGUGGGAAUAACGCCGGUCCGUUGUUCGAAAACAGAAAGAGGUCGAGGUCCAACAGCUCAAGACACCGCUAUAGCGAGAUUGUCACUGAGCUCGGUCCCGAAGAGGUGCGGUGGUUUUACAAAGAGGACAAGAAAACCUGGAAGCCUUUCGUAGGACACGACUCAUUGAAAAUUGAGCUCGCCUUCCGUAGAUUAUGUCAACUGAACCCGGACAGUGCCAAGCGGACGGGCACGGCAGGGUCAGAGGUCAGUGGGGGAGACGAGGAGUGUGGGCAUGGUGUGGAAGCCAGAGGGCUGAACGGAGUGGACAGAAAUGGAGCAGUGUCCUUGGAGACGAGACCCACCAAUGUUCACUUAGAUCGGGAGUCCUUGGACACGACGACUGAGUCUUCUGAGGAGAGAGACCCGGAGAGCAUUGAACUCAGUAUAGAGGCCGUGUGUGUCCGAGGAGGGCUCUAUGAGGUGGAUAUCAAAGAAAGAGAGUGCUAUCCUGUUUACUGGCAUCAACAGGACCACAUUCCGGUAAUGAGAGCCCUGUGGUUCAUUGAUGGCACCUGGCUGCCAUUGGAAGAGGAGGAGAGUGACCUCAUCGAGCUGGAGCACCUUAACUGUUUCCGUGGACACCAAGUGCAGGACACCUUCGAGACAGACGUCGUGGCCAAGACCGUCGAUAGCAAAGAUGUUCUCUCCCACCUGCCCCCUUUCUACCUACCUUUUCUGUUCAAAUGGAGUGGAUAUCAGACGAGUGGUAAAACUACAUGUCACAAGCGCAAACGCUGCCAAGCCAUCCACAGUCUCAAGUUGAGUCGAACCCAUGUGGACUGGCACAGCGUGGAUGAGGUCUACCUCUACAGUGAUGCCACUACUUCCAAAAUUGCACGCACAGUCACCCAGAAACUUGGCUUCUCCAAAGCCUCCAGCAGUGGAACGCGGCUCCAUCGAGGUUAUGUGGAGGAGGCGUCCUUGGAGGACAGGCCCCCUCAGACCACACACAUUGUGUUUGUGGUCCAUGGUAUUGGACAGAAGAUGGACCAGGGACGCAUCAUUAAAAACACUGGAAUGCUGAGGGAGGCAGUGAGGAAGAUGGAGGAGAAACACUUUUCAGAGCACAAUGAUGAGCAUGUUGAGUUCUUGCCUGUGGAGUGGCGUUCCAAACUGGCACUGGAUGGAGAUACUGUAGACUCAAUCACACCAGACAAGGUGAGAGGACUGAGGGACCUCCUUAACAGCAGUGCCAUGGACAUCAUGUACUACACCAGCCCCCUAUAUCGGGAUGAGAUUACCAAGGGGCUAACUCAGGAGCUGAACCGACUAUACUCACUUUUCUGCUCCCGGAACCCUGAGUUUGAGGAGAGGGGUGGCAAAGUGUCCAUUGUGUCCCACUCCCUUGGCUGCGUCAUCACCUUUGACAUCAUGACGGGCUGGGAUCCUGUGCGCUUCUGUCUGCAGGAGCACCAGGCCAUGGAGGAGCUGGAUCUGCGGUGGAUCUCCGGCGAGGAGAGACACCUGCUGGAGCAGCUGCAGAUCACAAGGAAUAGAUUACGAGAGCUGGAAGAUCAACUCCUUGGCCUGGAGGCCACAAAACCUUCAGCACCCCCAGCCCUCAAAUUUAAGGUGGAGAACUUCUUCUGUAUGGGUUCUCCUCUGGCGGUAUUCCUGGCCCUCAGAGGGAUCCGCCCUGGGACCAGCUGCCACCAGGACCACAUCCUGCCCACCUCCAUCUGUAACAGGCUCUUCAACGUCUUCCAUCCCACAGACCCUGUGGCGUAUAGACUGGAGCCCCUGAUCCUCAAACAUUACAGCAACGUUGCACCUGUUCAGAUACAUUGGUGUAGUGCCACUAAUCCCACGCCGUACGAUGAGAUCCGGCCUACUUUCCUGAACCCAGUGAAAGACUCAGCGUCUGACACUGAGAGCAUCCCCAGCCCAAGCACUUCCCCUGUCCUUCCCCGCAGGCACUAUGGAGAGUCCAUCACCAGUCUGGGCAAGGCCAGCAUACUGGGAGCGGCUAGCAUAGGGAAGGGCAUCGGAGGCAUCCUCUUCUCGCGUUUCUCUCGCUCCAGCAGCCAGCCCACAGUGUCAGGAGGAGUGGAGGGAGGGGCCACUGCUGAGGGAGAGGAGCAGAAGCAGACAGACAGCCAAUCAGCAUACAGCCUCUCCACCAUGACUCAGUCCACCUCCGCCAUCACUGACACAACAUUGGAGCUGGAGCGGCGCAUCGACUUUGAGCUCCGAGAGGGUCUGGUGGAGAGCCGCUAUUGGUCAGCAGUGACCUCACACACAGGCUACUGGUGCUCGCAUGACAUAGCCCUCUUCCUGUUGACUUUCAUAUACAAACAGAGAGGAGUACAAUCUGGACCAGCAGAAGACCUCCUGGAGCUGGACUGAAACAGCACAUCAGCUAAAAUAAACACAUAAAUCAACACACUCACAUACAUUCACACCAAUCUUUUUUCCCUCCAGUUCUUUUAAUUCCUGGAAAUCAGACUGACUCAUAUCUUCACUCCAAGACACACAUACUUUCAUCAAACUUUGGUAUGAUUUGGGUACACUGUAGCUCACCCCAAGGGUGACAGUGUUGCACCAGGAACCCCUAAGGAGGUGAAUCCUUUGCCACAUGACCAGUGGCCCCAUUUAAUACGUGGAGUAAGAGAGGUCAGUGAUGAUCCAACACAUGCAAAAAUCUACUGUACCUAAAAGGCUUCUCUCUGCAUCCCAAAUUCUCUAAGCUUAGCGCACAUGAAGCCAGUGCAGCCUUUUUGUAAGUAUCUAUGAGCUCACCACUAAAGCUGACAUGGUUAGACACAGCCCAGUUCUCUCCUCUUUCCACAGACUUGUGACACACAAGCCUGAACGUCGCCUCAGUGAUUCUGUCAGUUCUGUCUCUGAUCUCACCUUUUCCUUUCCUUUGAGAUAAAGGAGGUAGAUAUGAGAUUGAGAUUAGAGAUUAGUAGUUUUAUCAAGAAAACAAGAAAUCCAACUGUAUGCUACUGCAUCCGAAAAGCUUCAUGAGCAACUACAAUGCCUUUCAAAGUAGCCAAACAAUGUUAUUUAUUUAGAAUAUUUAUUUCAAAUGUGUUUCUCAACACUACCUUAGGGCAUUUUAUUUUCCCUUUAAUAAUCUUUGGGAAAUCUGAAAACAAGAGACAACCAACUUUUUGUUGUUUUUAUAUUUCAUUCCUUAAGAACACACCAUGAUUAUCAAGUUUGUCUCUUUUACUUGUUACCAUUGAGUGACUCUGGAAUAAUGUACCAAACAUUAACUGAUUAGCGUAAAUCAAUUUUAAUCUAGAGCUGAGUUCACUAAAAUUGCAUUUCAUUGUGAUUAGUCUUUCAAUGACGAUGCAACAGUUUGUCUUUUAAUAUGACACUCUGCUUGUCUUUCUGACACUAACAGAAAAAAAUAUAGCUCUUACGUAAUAGCAUUGCAAUCUCCGUUGUCACAUUUAGAGAGGUCUGGAACCACAUGAGGCUCAUAUGCCAUUCUUUCCUGAUUUUGAGCCUUGACUAUUUACAAAAUGUCCUCUCAUGAAAUGUCAGUUGGAAAACCUUCAAGCCUUGUAGGAGUUAACUAAGCCCCCAAUUAGAAACGUAUGCUUAGAUUUUUCCACACAGUUUAUGAAUCAAUUCAAGAACAUAGCCCAGAUCAGGUCUUUCCCUAUGAUAGUCUAAAACUGGCCUGAUGUCAGCUAUUCUGUCAUUUAAAACAGUGACACUUUCACUCAUUUCCCUGCUCUUAUGUUUAGGAUAUGCUAUGGAGAGACUUUUCAGCACUUACAUGUUUACAUUGUUAUCCAGAUGAAAUCAAUGAAGCAUUACAGAUGUAUUUUUUCUAAGAAAAAAAUAUAUUUUUCAUGACCGUUUUUACUCGGUUGUGAAGAAAAACCUGGAUCUCAUCAUGGAAAAUGGGGUUCAAAGUGGUGGCCAAAUAUAUUUUAUGAUCAGUCUAGUUUCUUAUGCUACUAGGCUUUGGUAAUGCAAAAGUUAAGCAUUAAGUAAUACUGCAAGAAGUGUAUUGCCUGGGCAGAAGAACACCGUUUUUAUUUUUAUUUAUUUUAUUUUUUUCACCCAGUUUCACAUAAUGUGUUUGUGGUGCACAAACAACAGUGUUCAUACAAACACCAGGAUUAUGGUUUCUGGUCACACUUUACCACUCUGCAUCUAUGCGUGGAAGAAGGAUCAUUCUAUCCCGAGACCUCAACCAUUUUCCUGUGAUUGAACAAAUAUGUGAUUGCCUGUUUCACACAUCUUGCAGACUACUAAAUUUACCCCACAAAGAGGAAAGGCUGAACAAUUGGAGAGAGCAAAUCAUAUUUCUUUUUCUUCUUCUGCAAAACAACUCUUCUGGGAAGUAUGAACCUUGCCUUAGAAUUAUGAGAGCAUGUAUAAGGGCAUUUCUCCAAUGACAACAGAGCUUAGGUUAUGAAUUUUUUUUCAACAGUGGUCUUUUUGAAAACAUACCCAGGAAUGAUUAUGCAAAAGUAUAUGUUUAUGGCUUGUUAAGAGAAGCUACAAUGCUUACUCACUUUGCAUGGUGUCAUGUUGAUGGUGAAUGGAUGUUAGAAGAGGAGGACAUUGUGGAAAGUGCCAACACACAUCUAAGAAAAUGUUUUGUGUUCUUCACUGGCUAGAAAACCACUCAUGAUCGUUUGUGGAUUUUUAAUGAAAUCUUCUAUGAGACAGUUGCGACGGAUGAAGAAAUGGAACUAACCUCAGACUUAAAUGUGUCAGACUUUGUUAUUGUCAGUGUCAAAUUUCCUUUGUGUCCUACUUUUUGUUAUAUUAUUAUAGUUGGCAUCAAAGAGCUUAGUUAGAAUUGCUAUGGCGCAAGCUGCUGCUUUACUAAUUCACACAAUCAAGGGCUGUGACUAGUCCACCGCUGAAUGGAUUCCAUUUAUGGGUAUUUAAUGUGCUACUUGGGACCAUUGCACAUGUCUGUGUUAUGUGAUGAAAGGCCUAUUGACUUAGGCAGGCCAAGACCAGACUGCCUUUUAGAGGACCAGAUAAGUGGGAAAAAAAAGUUUUUGAAGCAGUGAGAAAUAAGGGAAAGUAACUUGAAAGUGUCUCUAAAUGUGAUGUGGUGGACACUGCACAUACUCAUCAGCUCUGAAUUGCACAGAAAGUAUGUAGAAAUAGCCCUUUGUUGCUUUUAUGUAUUCAUUUUGCAGAAUGUUUGUGUUAUGAAGAAUUGACAGAAUGUGGUCAGUGAUGAACUCCUUUUUUUUUUUGUUUAACAUACUUUGUCACUUGGAGGCAGACAUGCUACUGACCUUGGAGACUUUAGACUAUCGUAAUCUAAACACUGCUACUAAAUACAAAGACAGUUCCACUGCAUGUUAAAAUUACACAGGGUGGGUGUGGACACUGCCCAUGGGGCGAAAUAAGAGUACAGACAGUCCAUCUCAACAGCAAUGUUUUGUCAGUGUUUGUAAUGUGGCUGUGCGUUUCCAAAAUGUUUGAGAAAUUUGCACAUUUUUGAUCACAGCAAAUCCUCAAAGGUGUACCUUCACUGCAAAACAAGCACAGAAUGUCAAUUAUAUUCACUCUCAGCCCACUGUUUAUUAACAGUUUAGCAGCUAAAAUGGACACGAGGAGGAAAUGCUGUGUACACACAUUGACAUUUUGAUUACUUGAGCUUCACUGCACAGUUUUUUUGUUUUGUUUUUUUUUGUUAUCAUGUCAGGUUUUUUUUCUUGUAAAAGGCAUCACAAACAUCAGGGAAAUGUCUUUUGUUACAUGUUUUCUAGAUUUACCACUCUGGUUCCGACCAAUUUUAAGCCAUGGAUGAGUAAAAAUAUCAAGCGCU